UAUGCUGUUACCCGUAAAGAUAGGGCGUCUACACUCUGUUUUUGUGCAUAUCUUGUGUAAGCUCAUUGAUCAGUGUUUACCUGAGGUACUGUUUUAGCUAUUUUGUUGUUGUUGUUGUUGUUGUGAGAAGCAGAAGAGGAAGGAAAAGGUGUCAGCUGAUCGAAUAAUAUGUGUAUGAAAAGAUGUGUGUAUAUGGGAGGCUGGUCCUGGUGGAAACAGAAUUCCCUAAGGAAGGAAGAUUAGGUCAUCUAGAGACAAAGCUCAAGCUCAGACUCUGGAAGGAAUUGAGUGGUAGGGGCCAGCCGCCAUCCAAUUGUAGUUCUUUGGAGCACCACAUGCUUGCUGUGAUGCUUAUUCUGUAGGUAGCCCCAACGAUUGACAGUCAGUGCAAAGAUGCCAACGGUAAUAGUUGUUGAUGUGUCAUUGUCGAUGACAAGACCUGUUGCUUUGCCUGAGAGUGGUGAAGUAUAUACCAGACAUAACCUCGCAAUUCAUGGAAUAAACACAUUAUUGGACUACCUAGCUGUCCAUAGUAAACUUGAAUUUGUAGCAUUGAUUGCAUUUUCAUCACUUUAUGAAAUUGUUUCACCUUUUACACGAGAUUUUGACACAAUAAAAUCAAAGCUUCAGCAGCUAGAAGAAUUUGAUAAGACAUGUGUUGAAACAGCUCUUCAUGGAGUAAAUAGACUUAUAUUGAGUGAAUGGGGAAGUGCAACACCUUGCCAGGUUGUGCUUGUUACCGAUGGCAGCCCUGGUGUAGGACCAUUGUCCUUGAAGCAUUCACUGAGCACUUUGGGACAACGAGAUUUUGCUACACCGUUCCCGUUGCCGUUUUCGUUUCCAUGUAAACUGAGUGUCAUGUGCAUUGCUCCGCCUGAUGAUCCAUCAUUACAGUUAGGCCUUCCUCUGUAUAGUCGUCUUGUUGAAUUGGCAGGCCUUGAUAGCUGUGUUCAUGUACCUGAAGCAGCACUUACUAUCUCUUCAGUUCAGGCAAUGUUCCAGAAACUGGCAGAGGCAAAUUUUGCAUCCUUUCAGGGCACACUGAAGUGUGGCAAUUUGGGUUCCCGCAUUAUUCUCUCACCUGCCCCUCAGCCGUUCAAUAAAGCUACUGAUUUUGAGUAUAUCAAAAGGAAUAUAUCAGAUACUAUAGAAGUAUGCGGAUUUAUUGAUGUUGCUGAUGUUGGAAGCCCUAUGGCUAUUUCACGUCAUCUGGUGCUACCUCAUGGUUCAGGGAAAAUGGAGGAGGCAGAUGGUAUUUCCACUGUCAUGAAGUCAGAAGGAGACUCUGAUGAUGAUUCAGGUGUAGAUGAAGGAAAAGUCGCCUCAUUUUGUGUACUACUUCAUGGUGCACUUAAAGUGGAAAACAUGGCUGCCUUGUGUCUUUUAGCCAAGGACUGGUUUGGCUUUGUUUACUCUUGGGCUGACAGCAAGAAGAAAUCAAAUUUAAUGUUAACAGUGUUGGAACCUGGAACGAAUGUUGUGCCAUGGCUGGGAAAUUUAAAUAACUUAGGUUCUUUAGAAGAUUUUCGCGCAGUGAAUGGUGAGGAAGAUCCGCCACCGCAGUUUCCAGUUCGUCCUCUAGAAAAAAGAAGUUACUCACAAAAUUGUGUGGUUUGGAUAAGGCAGGCAGGAUUACAGUCUGAUAUACAAAAGAUCUUGCGGCAUGCUCGCAAACUUCCAGACAAAACACAACAGUUUUAUAAGGAGUUAAACAGGUUGAAAAGAGCUGCAAUAUCAUUUGGAUUCAUUGAACUGCUGGAUGGUUUAGCAGCAAUAUUCGAGAGGGAGUGCACUCUACUCCCUGGAGGUGCCCAUCCAGAUUGUGCAUUGCAACUUACACAUGCAGCGGGAGUUUUACGCAGGCCUUACUGUCGUGAUAUCAAGUUCAAUGUGACACCUCUGUUAACAAAAUUCCAAAUUUGUGAAUAACUCUACCUUUGUGAUAUGUGAAGUCCCACCAAAUAUAUUUUUUU